CUAAAUAGUUCGUCAAGUUCGUAAUUUACUUACUUCCCCACUGCUUAUGAUCGGAUUUCCAUGGAUUCCUAUGCUUAGUACUAUUUUCUAAGUUAAGUGAGCGUGCCGAAGAUUCCACCCAUGCAAAGCCAUAAUUUUCGCCAUUUGAACUCGCGACGCUCAGUUGCACUGCACACACACGCUCCAAGUUCACGUGUUGAUUUCGCCGCCACCCAUAAUGGGCACAUGGCAACGAACGACAAACAAGCAAACGGGACACGGAAACUCUCUCCGCCACCUGGGUUAAAGGGUAGCGUGUCCUGCGUGAGUUCCUUUCACUAUGAUGGUAGAUUGAGCAGUAAAAAAAGGUCCACUUACCCUAGGCUCACGAAAGGGAAGCGGCGGAUGGCCCCAUCAACGGUGGCCGUGGAAUUUAUGGGCACGAGGACGACGUGUGACUGACUGUGAGUUGGAGAGUGUCGGUUGCCAGGGGCGACGUUUUCAAUUAUGUUGUUCCGACUCGGUUGGCUUUCCCCUGCACGGCGGCGUUUGAGAGACGUUUGCAAAUCUCGCAACAAAAUUGCAACCUCCUCCCCGGAUAUCGACAUCAACAGAGCAAUUUAGGAAGGGCACUCGCGCCUUAUCCUUGAAGAGUGCGGUUUGGCUCACAUGUGAAUCGUUACAUAAACGCAUUCGAGGACCAGCCAUUCCUGCCAGAAGUUUUGUGCUGUUCUUUCAGUGGACAGGAUAGUGCGAUAGGUGGUUUGUACUAGCAGCAAAGUGUUCCGGAAGCGCCGAAGAUGGAUUGGCCAAGCGCGCGAGUGGCCCAGGGUGGCAUGUGGCACACCGGAAAGGCCAAGUACACCAAGGAGACGCAGGAUCUGAUUAAAGUCCUCAUGGAGGAAGCCAAGCUGACCAUCCUGCAGCGCAACAAAAUCAACUACCAUCUGCGCACCGGCGAACCGCUCCCACCUCCCAAGGAACCCAAGUUCGAGCAAGAGUACAGCAACUUCCUGCCGGCGGCUGUUCCGCGCAAAAACAUCAAGAAACGCUCGCUGUCGACCAUCAUCGAGAGUGGCGCGUUCGACGUGGAAAAGUACCCGGGACCGGGCAAGGAGUGCAAACCGCCGCUCGAGCGACUCAAACUGCAGCUGCAGGAACAGAUGGCCGGCUGCAAGCUGCUGCCGGACGACGGGCGGCGUCGCAAACGGAUCGCGAGGCGAGCGAGCGAUGGGGAGUUGGACGGGUUGACGCCCGAUCGGGAAGCGGAACUUUUGGAGGAAAUCAACGAACGCGUCGAGUGGUUGGCCGAAAUGGAAGCGCUGGGCGAGGGAAAGAAGCAUCGCCAGGUAAUCCACGCCCAGAUCGCGGAUCGUCUCAACGAAAUCAAACGGCUCGAGAGAGCGAAUUCCAAGCAGAGCGAUACACCGCCAGAGAUUUAAGUGUGGAAACGUUCGGAUCCAGCGCACACGCGGACGUGCAUUUUAUAGUAGACACAAAUAAAUCCCGCAAUUGUUUUAAUAAA